AUGAGGGCCCUCCGGGGGACAGCUGAGCACCUCAUCAGGACUGGGUGGAGAUUCUGGCAGUUGGGGCUCUGCAAGGCCCUUGCCCCACUGCAGGCUGCCUGGGCUGCCUUUUCUCAGCCUGUCCCAGCCAGCUGUGGCCAGCUGCUCACCCAGCUCCUCCUGUGCGGUUUCCUGGCUGUUGCUGUGGCAUGCCUGGCCCACCAUUGGCUGGUGUCCUCACUGCUUUAUCCUCUGGGGCCCUCAGCCAUGGUAGCCACUGUCUGUGGCCUCCUGGUCUUCCUGGGCCUGGGCCUGGUGCCUCCUGCUCGCUGCCUGUUUGCACUCAGUGUGCCCACCCUGGGCACGGAGCAGGGCCGCCGCCUGCUCCUCUCCUGGAGUACCGCCACCCUGGCUGCGACUGUGGUGCCCAACGUCUUGGCCAACAUGGGCGCGGCUGGGCAGGUGCUGAGGUGUGUCACUGAGGGCUCCCUGGAGAGCCUGCUCAACACCACUCGCCAGCUGCACGCAGCAUCCAGGGCUCUGAGUCCCACCAGCCAAGCGGGCAGCCAAGGCCUGACACUCCAGGUCCAGGGCAAUGGCUCUGCCUUCCGACUUCACAUGCUCGGGGUCACUCAGCAGGUCCUGGAGGACUUCUCAGGCCUAGAGUCCUUGGCCCAGUCAGCAGCACUGGGGACCCAGCGGGUGGUCACAGGGCUCUUUAUGCUGGGCCUCCUGGUGGACUCGGCCUGGUACCUCCACUGCUACCUGACUGACCUGAGGUUUGAUAACAUCUAUGCUACACGGCAGCUGGCUCAUCAGCUGGAAGAGGCCCGGGCCACACACCUGCUGGCCUCCCCACCACCCUGGCUGCUCAGGGCCACUUGGCCCAGGCUUUCUCAGGGGGAGCUGCUGAGCUGUCUCCUGAGGCUGGGGCUGCUCACCCUGCUCCUGAUGGCCACAGCGGUGAUGGUGGCCACAGACCACGUGGCCUUCCUCCUGGCACAGGCAACCGUGGACUGGGCUCAGAAGCUGCCUGUUGUGCCCAUCACGCUCACGGUCAAAUAUGAUGCUGCAUACACCAUCCUGGGCUUCAUCCCCUUCCUCUUCAAUCAGCCGCCUCUGGAGAACCCCUUCCUCUCAACUCACGACUCCUUCCAGUGGGAGCUCCAUUUCACCUCCCCAAGCUGCCCACUGCUGCCCGCCCAACACCCCCACUUGGCUGCCCCUCUGGCUGCAGGGGUUCUGCAGCUCGUGGCUUGUUCCACGGUCCUCCUGGAGACCUACGCCCGCCGCCUGCGGCACAGCAUCGCAGCUUCCUUCUUCACGGCCCAGGAGGCAAGGCGGGUCCACCACCUUCAUGCUCGGCUCCAGCGAAGAUACGACAGGCACCGAGGGUAGCGGCUGCCUCUGGGGACUCCUUCCUUGACAUCCGGGCCUACCAGCAAGCACCCAGCAUAGAUAGACAGACCUACUGCCUACUGCACACUUAGGACAACCAGGAGCCCUGGAGAAGAGGGGAAAGCUCUUUGGAGUUGCACAGACCUGAGUUGUAACCUUGGCCCUCUGCUGCCUCCCUGUGUGACCUUGGGUAGGUCACUACACCUCUCUGAGCCUCAGUUUCUACAACUGCAUAAUAACUGUGUAAUAAAUGAUGUGAGCUACUUUCCACACGGGAAUGUGGUAAGGACGGAAUGAGAUAUUGGGCAUGAAAGGCCUCCAUAA